UCAAGAUCCAAGGGGGGGAAACGCGCAGCACGCAAAGCUGGAGGACACGCGCGCCCAGACUUCAGGAAAAGCUCGGGAUAUAAAAAACGACCUGUCCUUUUUUGGCUAUUUUAGGAAAAAGUAUCAAGAUCGGUUUUGGUCAAGAAAACAAGUGAGAGAAUAUGGACGCACAGAAAGCGACUGAGGUGGAGAUAAAAGAGCUCACUUCGGCAGAAGUAAAAUAUUAUAGAGAUGAGAAAGACAAAAUGGAAGAAACAAAGGAUGUUGUCAGGAACCUUAAACUGCACAAGAGGAUUUCUGUUUUUUUCCUGGUUCUCACUUUGCUCCUACUGGCUGUGGUUCUUGUUCUGGCUAUAAAGUUAAAUGAAAGUAAGUCCAUUCAGAAGUGCCCAGAUCCCCCUGCUGAAGAGAAGAAGCCCAGUCAUCCUGUGAGCCAAGGGAAUCAGUGCUCUGGGUGUGGGAAGGACUGGUAUAAGACGAACACCUCCUGCUACUUGUUUGUUAGGGAACGUCUAAACUGGACUCAGAGCAGGGAGGAGUGUCAGAAACAGGGCGCUGACCUGGUUGUCAUCAACAAUGAAAAAUUGCAGCAUGUUCUAUCUCAAAAGUUGCACCUGAUAUACUGGAUUGGACUGCAUUAUUCAGAAAAUAAGUGGAUGUGGGUUAACAAUACCGUACUAACCAAGAGCUACUGGGCCCGCGGGCAGCCAAAUCCAGUUGCUCAGGGUUCCUGCGCACUGCUAAAAGGACAGGGGCCAACCAUUCGCAACUGGCAUGUAAACCGCUGCGACCAGAACUCACAUUACAUCUGCCAGAAACGUUUAAAAGUGGAUGAAUGAUCAACUA